GCUGGACAGGCCUUGGGUGCCUUGCGUGGUGCUUUCGGCAGUCCCUCUCGGAUCUGCGUGCGCCCUGCGCGGCUGGCAGAGCCCGCCUUCUCCAGGAGUUCGGUUCUUGCUUCAGGUCGCAAUAGAGACCAAACCCCAGACAUGAUUCCUGGACAACGGCUUCCCGGCAGGGGCGUCCAGCCGGCGGCCAUGGUGUCCUCAGUGGGGAAGGUGACUCAGGUCCCCAGCGGGAAUGUCUACCAGCAGAUCUUCGAGGCUGAGGUGCAGCUGGUCCGCUCCCUGGCGGCCACCAGGAAGCGGGCUCUGGAGUGUUCCAUGACCCCGAAGAAUGGCAGGAAUCCCUUGAUGAAGAAGACAGAUAUUCCCGAAGGGGAGAUGAUAUCUCCUCGGCAGCGGAAGUGGGUGCACAGCCUACCCAAUGACUGGGUCACGGAAAACCCUGUUCUCUACAGGGAAAAGGAAAAAACCAAGAAGGAAAAAUCUCUAGAGAGUGAGAGCACCAUUGCUGCCCGAGAAGUCCGGGGCCUCAUGGACGCCAUCGUUCCUGAGAGGACCAGCACCAUCACCCUUCAGGGGCGAAGAGACCAUAAGAGGAAGGGCUGGCAGAGCACUGUGGGGAGCUUCAAGGAGGAGAUCGCUCAGAUUGGCAUGGUGAGAAUCCUCCUCCUCUCUCCCCUUCUGUUCCUGGGCCAUUCUGAAAGUGAGGCCGAGAAAGUCUCGCCUGACUUGGCAAAUUCCUGGAGCUGCCUCUGGACUCACAGCACCAAGCAGGCACCCCCUGCCAGUUCUCACUGUCCCGAGCCCUCUCAGCUGGACGUGGACUCUGCUUUCCCCCAUGAGCUCUGUGGCUUUGGUCACACAGCCUAA